AUGAAGAAAGAAGAUGAUGGUUACAAUUAUAUUUGUGAAUUGGGUUGUAAGAGCAUUUCCUGGAAACUUUCUGAGAUUCGAUGGCUGAAGUUUGAAAAAUUCAUUAAAUCUGUAGAUGUUACGACACCUAUUAGCUUAGUCUGGUUCAAAGAAGCAAGUGAGGAAACGAAGAUGAUGAAAAUAAGAGCAGAAGAAGGAAGUGAAUAUGGCAAUUCAGAUGAAGAUGAUAAGCCACCAAAAGAAGAUGAUGAGCCUGAGGAAUCUGAAGAUGAAACACCUGCAAGUGAUGGUGAAAAUGAAAAGGGGAAAUUUGGUGAUGAUUUAGAUGAAAUUCAAGAACAAGAGACUGUAAAUCAGAAUGGGUCAGAGGGUUUGAAUGCAAAUCAAAUUGAGGUUGAUGAUGGGGAUGAGGUUGUUAUAGAUGCAGGAGAUGGUCGUGAUGAUGAUAGGUUUCAGUUCGUAUUUGAGGAAGGUUCAAGGAGAAAUGCAGAGUUAGAUAAUGCAACUCAAAAACUGGCGGAAGAGCAAGCAACAGAAAGAAGGGAAGAGGAAGUAGAAACUGAUCCAGAAUUUGGAUUAGAGGAUUCAAAGUAUCCAGAUACACCAUUAGAAUCAGAAGAAGAGUGGGAAGAGUGGAAGAAUCCAAGAAGAGAGAAGAGGAAAGAUAAGUUUCAUGGAGAUUUGAAUAAAGAGUCUUACAUCUGGUUGUUUCAGACUUUCAACAGCGGAUUAGAGUUCAAAGACCAAUUGCUCAGAUACUCAUUAAAUACUCAGUAUGAUGUUAAAAUGGCAAAUUCAGAAGCAAACAGGAUUGCUGCUGUUUGUUGCAAGGAUAAAUGUCCAUGGAAAUUUUUUUGCUCAGUUGAGCAUCCAAUAAACAAGUGGAUGGUUAAAUUAUGUCACUACAAGCACAACCAUGGGAAGUCUAGCAGAGUUCCAAUGCUGAAGCAAGGUCUUAUAGAAGGGUUAUUCAGAGAGGAGAUAAGAAGGAAUGUCAAUUUAUCAGCUGCAGAUAUAAAGGACAUCAUCAAAGAAAGGUAUGAUAUAGUUGUUAACAUAUCAAAGUGUUAUAAAGGAAGAAGGAUUGCUUUGGAUUCAGUUCUAGAAGCUCAGGCAAUUCAGUUUGCUAAGCUUUGGGAUUAUGAGGCCGAGAUUAAACGGUCUCACAAGGACAUCAGAACAGAGAUUGUAACAGUUGAGAACAAUGGUAGACAACAAUUUCAGGCUUUCUAUAUCUGUUUUGAUGAAUUUCGGAGAACAUGGCUGAAGUGUUGUAGACCGGUGAUUGACUUAGAUGAAUGCUUCUUGAAGUGGGAUUUAGAGGGUGAUUUGCUUGCAGCCGUUGGUAGAGAUGCAGAUAACAAGAUGUAUCCAAUUGCAUGGGCAGUUGUAACUGGUGAAAACAAAGACACUUGGGGUUGGUUUAUCAAAAAAUUGAAGACAGAUUUAAACUUAGGCGUGGGCGAAAAUCUCACCAUCAUUUCUGAUAAAGAAAAGGGUCUUGUUAUUGCUAUAGGUUCAGAACUUCCUCAAGCAGAGCACCGUAUGUGUGCAAGGCAUAUUUAUGGUAAUUGGAAGAAGACUUUUUCAAGGUCAAAAUACAAAAACUUGUUUUGGGGUGUUGCAUACAGCUACCAUCAAGGGGAGUAUGAGGAGAAGAUGAAGUUGGUGUAUGCGUAUGAUCCUAUUGCCUAUGAGGCUUUAUUAAAUUAUGAACCAGAGAAGUGGUGUAGAGCAUUCUUUAAUCCUGAGUCUCAUUGUGCUGAUGUGCACAACAAUCUUUCAGAAGCGUUUAAUAGAACAAUUAAGAUUGCAAGAAGUAAGCCUGUCAUUACCAUGUUGGAAGAUAUUAGAAGACAAGCCAUGGUUAGGAUUUCACGUAGGUGGACAAAAGCAGAUAAGUGUAAUUCCUUUCUCACACCAAUCACAAUGGCAAUAUUGGAGAAAGCACGGAUUGAGAAGAAGUAUUGCAGAACAUUACGCAGUAGCUCCUACAUUUAUGAGGUAAAUGAAUUUAAUGUUAGAUAUACAGUUGACUUAGCAAGACACCAAUGUGCAUGCCGAAGAUGGGAUCUUACAGGAAUACCAUGCAAACAUGCUGUAUGCGUAUUAGAUGACAACCAAGAUGAUCCCGAGAAAUAUGUGGCUAGCUAUUAUGAAACUUCAUGCUUCAAGAACACAUAUGUGGAAAAUAUUAAACCUGUCAAUGGUGAGCAGUUCUGGAGUAAAACAGGAAAAUCUCCUAUUGCAAUUCCAAACAUUCGUAAGCCAAGAGGUCGGCCAAAAAAACGUGAUAGGAAGAAAGAGCCCUUUGAAUCACUUAAAAACCAUGGAAAAUCAACAAGACAUGGUAGGAUACCACAUUGCAGCCGUUGUGGUCAAGCUGGACAUAUCAAGAGUGGAUGUAAAAAUGAACCAGCGGUUGUGGAGGGACCAAAAAACAGGCGUGGUAGACCACGCAAACAACCAUAUGAGUGCACCUCAGCCUUCAGUCUCUUCUAACAAACCAAAGCCAAAGAAGUGUGGACGCCCACUUAAGGUAAGGAAAUUGGAAAACAUUCCAAGAGGGGUUGGAACAUUUUGGAGCCCCUUCACAGA